UCAAACACAACCUCUCAACCACCCUUUCCCCUUUCUCUCCACUUCGAUUCUACUUCCGAGUAUUAACUUAUAAUCUACUUCAAUCUUACGGGCGAAAAAGAAAGAGCAUCGCCGACGUUUACUUCGAAUACUGGGAAUGUCAACCUUGCAUCCACUUUCACAUCAGCUUACAACAAACGUCACACAACCAUGAAGGACAACAUCACCACAGGCUCGCGACCCCCUUCUACUACAUCUAUACCAAGAGCCCGCCAAAUGUCUACCAGCACUUCCCUCCGUCCAGAUCAUGUCCCCAGCAACACCGACGCAUCUGCAGCCGCAGGCACAAAGCGCAAGGAACGCGACUCCGACGACGCGACGUCAGCUUCGACCGCCGCAAAGAACCGCGAUCUAGGCAGCGAAACCAAGAUCAAUGUUUUCGUCCGGUGUCGCGGUCGGAGCGAGCGCGAAGUGCAAGAGAAGAGCGAUGUAGUGGUGCAUACGGAUGGUCUAAAAGGCACGACGGUGGGGGUGGGGUCGAAUGGUAUGAGUGGCAAGACCUACGCAUUUGAUGGGGUCUUUUCUCCCAGGGCGGAUCAGCAGAUGGUUUUCGACGAAGUUGUAAAGCCGGUGCUAGACGAGGUUCUCAAUGGCUUCAAUUGCACCAUAUUCGCAUAUGGACAGACUGGGACGGGCAAAACGUACACAAUGUCCGGCGAUAUGUCGGAUCAUGUUCUUCUCCCAGACGAUGCGGGUAUUAUUCUCCGCGUGCUGCAUUCGCUCUUCCGUAACCUUGGAUCUCUGGACGGCUUAGCGACAAGCGAUGGCAACGAAAGUUCUGUGAAGAUAUCGUUUAUUGAGCUAUACAACGAAGAGCUUCGAGAUCUCCUUUCUUCAGAGGAAAAAUCAAAACUCAAGAUCUUCGAUGGAGACAGCAGGCGAGGACACGCCACCGUCAUGCAAGGCAUGGAAGAACGAUAUAUCACAUGUGCGAAGACCGGUCUCGACUUGUUGAGGAGUGGUUGCGACAAGCGACAGGUCGCCGCAACGAAAUGCAACGAUCUUAGCUCUCGUAGCCAUACCGUUUUUACUAUCACGGUGUACACCAAGCGGAUAUCAGCGUCUGGUGAGGAAGUUCUGUCUUUGGGAAAGCUGAACCUCGUUGACCUCGCCGGAUCUGAGAAUAUUGGACGGUCUGGCGCUGAAAGUAAACGUGCAGCAGAGGCUGGUCUGAUCAACAAAAGCCUCCUUACGUUGGGUCGAGUCAUCAAUGCUCUCGUUGAUCACUCACCACAUAUCCCAUAUCGCGAAUCAAAGCUCACGCGGCUUCUACAAGAUUCCCUAGGUGGGCGAACGAAGACUUGCAUUAUUGCUACACUAUCCCCCGCAAGAUCGAGCCUGGAAGAGACGAUUUCGACGCUUGAUUAUGCUUUCCGCGCAAAGAAUAUCAAAAACAAGCCUCAGACUAAUAAGUUGAUCCCUAAAAAGACACUCCUAAGAGAGUUUACCGAGGAGAUCGAAAAGCUUAAAUUGGAGCUCACUGCUACACGUCAGCGAAAUGGAGUGUACCUUCCACAGGACGCAUACGAGGAACUGAUCCGUGAAUCGGAAUCGCACAAAACGCUCGUCAAGGAGCAGCGUGAGCAAAUCGAAACAGCUCAGUGCAAACUUACCCGUAAGGGACAAGACCUACUUGAGCUCACCAGCUAUUGUAAGAGCCUGAAAAAGGAGAGCGAGGCUACACAAAGCAUUCUGGAGGAAACAAAAUCGUCUUUGGAAGAAGCAAAAGAAGCACUGGAACUUACAAAGGAACAACUGAAUGACGAAACACUUGUCUGCCGGGAGUUCGAGCGCACCGAACAGCAACUUGUGAACCUUCAUCAGCAGCUGGUAGCAACGCUCGACCAAUCCACCUCGGAUAUCACAGAGCUACAUUCAGCAUUGGAACGGCAUUCAGAAUCACGCACGAGACACCAAGCGCACUAUAGCAGAGUCCAAAUCGAUGUAGCGGAAACGACAAAGUUGGUCGAUGGCCGACUUGCCGGUUUUCAGGCAGAGCAGCAAGGAUUGAUCGAUAUACUUUCGAAGCAGAUGAGCGAAUUCGUCGAACGCGAGUUAACAGAGCUCAAUAAGAGAAAACUGGAUCUCAAAGAGGGAGUUACAAUCUUUGAGCAAUCGCAUCAAGAGGGCGCGGCGCAGAGUCUGGAAGCGAAGAAUGAGCUCAAUCAGGCACUACGCAAGAUGGACCCUCUCACAGAAGAGCUCAAGAGGAAAGCCGAAAUGGGCUUUCAUAACAUGAGCCAAAUCUUUGAACGACUGGUGGACAGUCUGACAGCAGGAAUGGAAACUUUCUACUCGCAGAUGUGCUCGAAUUACACCAGUCUUAACGCAGAUCUCAAGACGAUUUUUGACAGCCUUUUACAGGAAGCCGCUGAGCAGCGCGAAGAAUUGGAACGUCUACAAAGCGAGAUGACUCAAGCGAAUCAACAGCUGGAUAAAAAUCAGUCAAACUCCAUUGAUGCUCUGACGGUUUUGAUGGACAGAGAGAAGGCCAUUAGAGAGCAAGAAACCAAGGAUAUGAUGCAGCGAAUUCAAAGCCUGGUCGAAGCUAAUGUUCAACAACAACAACUGCGCAUGGGAGAGAUCACCGGAAUAUCGGAACAACUCAAGGUCGAAGGGCAGACUCAUGCCUCUGCUGGAGCCUCAUUUGCCCAAGGCUGUGGACAGUUGGUUGCAAGGUUGACCAGCUAUGGCGACAAUCUCACCACGGCUCACGAAAAGACAGACAAACUCAUCAAUGCUGAUUGCGAGAUGGCAGAAAAGCAUAUGGUGGAGGCCAGAAUCAUGAGAUCUACAACCCGCGAGAAGACCAAAGAAGUUGCCAUGGGAUACGGUCAAAGUCUAGUUUCGGAUGUUGAUAACCUCGUGGCCGGUAUCGACCAGAUCAAGGAGAAGACCGAGUCACUGCACAGUACGCGAGAGCAGCACGUCUACAACCUCAAUGCCACGAUCCAGAGCUUGAGUUCCAAACUUGAUCACGACUUGGCAGAUUCGAUAAUUCGGAACGAAGCGUAUGCCCAUAACGCCACAGAGCAGAUGACUGAUCUCCGUGAAUCUUUCCACUACACGAACAAAUAUGCACACGCACGCGCUUUGAUACUAGAGCUAGGGGAUCGCGUGGGAUAUAGCAGGCUUGAGGAUUUUGGCCAUACUGGAAGGACGCCGGAACGCAAGGAUUACACUUUCCCGAGAACCAUGCCACGAACUACAAGCCGUGACCGACUUUUGGGGCGUCUGAAGGCUGGCGGUGCGGUUGACCAGCCAGCGUGCGACACCAUGGGUAAGAAGCCCGCCAAAACACCUGUAUUUGUGGACACUCACGGACAGCUGGAGAAACUUGACCCCACAGUGGCAAUCACACCCACGGUCAGCCUGCGUGAAAGGGACCCGAGAAAGGUGAACAUUAUGAGCCUAAAAGGCAUACCAGAGAACGCUGGCCCCGAGAAACCCGCACCGGAGCCCAUAAAGUCAUUGAAACGUCCUGCUAGUAGUGCUCUGCCGGAGGGAAGGACCUUCACCAAAAGACGUGUACUUCGUAGUGGUUAGCACCGAGCAAUCGCGCUGUCAGGAAGUGUAACAAUCUAGAUGUAAGAUUACAAUAUCAAACCCCAAGGGUGAACAGACAUCAUGUAUGAUGUCGUUGAUACAAACGGUUAUACACGUUACCACUGUAAAAGGAGGCUGUUAUGCAGUUCUUUGACACUGUGAAGCUAUCAAAAACUCUAUCGCAUUCUAACCUGUAGGCUGUAAGACGGAUGAAAACGUAGCCUAGUUGCUUGAAACAUUCAAUGUACGGCUUUUAGUACGAAUAGCAGUCAUACAUGGCUCGGUAUUGUUGUGAUAUGCCCAAUUGAACCACUCAAUACAGUGGAGGCCUUCUUUGGUACGCUGAGUAGCGGACGUGUCUAGCUUGCUGUGCCGCAAUGUUUGUCUACACUGGUAGCUUCGUACCUCAUCGAGUUGAAGAUUUAACAAGCGACGUGCGAUUUAAAGAAGCCGAU